CAAAAUGCCACGGAAGCUGUGGGAGCAUCCAGAUCGCAAGAGCACCGUCAUGUGGCGAUUUAUGCAGGAAGCGAACAAGAAAUUCAAUUUAAAUAUGCAGUCCUUCAAAGAGCUCUACAGCUGGUCAUGUAAACACCGCAGCGACUUUUACCAGCACCUUUGGGAAUUCCACCCCAUGAUCCACGAGGGCGCUUAUACUCGCGUGGUCGACGAGUCCAUUCCCCUCACCGAGCUGCCUCGAUGGUUUGAAGGCGUGCGUCUCAACUGGGCCGAAAACGCCCUCUAUACCCGAGACACUUCAUCACCGUCUGCUGAGGCGCGCAACACGCUGAACAAAGAAGACGCCAAGAUUGCAUUCACAGAGGUGCGAGAAGGAAACACAGAAGUGCGACACGUAACAUGGCGAGAACUCCGCAAAGAGGUCGCGACACUGGCGGCAGCGCUGAAGGAGAGAGGCCUGAAGAAGGGCGACCGCGUAGUCAUUGUGGCGGGCCAUUCGCUGAGGACGUACGUUGUGUAUCUGGCGACGACGUGGCUGGGAGGCAUCUUCAGCAGCAGCUCGACGGAUAUGGGCGUUGGCGGGCUGCUGCAGAGGGCAGUGCAGGUGAAUCCAAAGUUUGUCUUCUUUGAUGAUGGCGCCUUGUACAACGGCAAGACGCUUGAUCUGAGAAACAACAUCCAAGGCAUGAUCAACGGCAUGACUGAAUGCGACCAGCUGCAGUCCUUUAUCAUCAUCCAGCGCUUUGCCAAGCCCUAUGACACAAAGGCCAUCACCAAGGCUGAGCGGUUCGAAGACUUUGUCCAAGCCGGUGCCAACAAGCCACCUCCGCCUCCCGUCCGCGUUGAUUUCCAGGAUCCGUCUCUCAUCGUCUUCUCCUCCGGCACAACAGGCACGCCCAAGGCUCUCGUACACGGAGUUGGCCCAUUGCUCCUAUCCAUAACGAAAGAAAUUCACAUCCACAGGGGCAUCGGGCCCUCAGACGCCGGUCUGCAAUACACCACCACCGGCUGGAUCAUGUACCAGUCUAGUAUCGCUUACACUUUUUACGGCGGACGCUGUGUUGCCUACGAUGGAUCUCCAUUGGCGCCGGAUGCAAAGGUUUUGCUGCGGGUUGCUGAAGCACAGAAAGUGACAAUGCUCGGGAUAAGUCCGCGGUGGAUGGGCGAGCUCAUGAAGAGCGGCAUCGCACCGCGGGACGAGUUUGACUUGUCCAGCUUGCUGUCGGUGACGACAACGGGCAUGGUGUGUCCGGAUCAGAUGUUUGAGUGGUUCUAUGAUACGGCGUUUCCGGCAAAGGUGCAGCUGGCCAACAUCUCGGGCGGGACAGAUAUUGCUGGCUGCUUUAUCCAGGAAAACCCCCUCGACCCCCUCUACGUCGGCGGCUGUAUGAACGGCAGUCUCGGCGUCCCCAUCGCCACCUACGACCACGAUCUUCCCGAAGGCAGCGCAGGCACUCCCCUUCCUCCAGGCAGUUCCGGCGAUCUCGUCGCCACGGCGGCCUUCCCCAACAUGCCAAUCUAUCUCUGGAACGACGGCCCCGGCCCAGCUCCCGGACCGAAAUAUCGCGCCGCCUACUUUGAGCGCUACGCCGGUGCCUGGGCCCAGGGCGACUUUUGCGUCGUCCAUCCAAAGACGGGCGCGGUCCUCUUGCUGGGCCGAUCUGAUGGCGUGCUGAACCCCAGCGGCGUGCGGUUUGGCAGCGCGGAUAUCUAUGCCGUGCUGGAGAGAUGCUUCCCGCAGGAGAUUGCCGAGAGCUUGUGCGUGGGACAGAGACGGCCGCAGGAUAUGGAUGAGAGCGUCGUGCUGUUUUUGUUGAUGAAGGGAGGGCGUAAGUUGGAUAGAAAGUUUGUGGUGAAGGUCAAGGAGACAAUUGCAAAGGAGUUGACCAAGAGGCAUGUGCCCAAAUAUGUGUUUGAGAUUCCAGAGAUUCCGGUCACUGUUAAUGGCAAAAAGGUUGAGCUGCCAGUCAAGAGCAUCAUCUCCGGAAAGACGAUUAAGCCAAGUGGAACGCUGCUGAAUCCGCAGUGUCUGGAUCAUUUCUACCAGUACCAGAAGAUUGAAGAGCUCGAAGAGCCGCGGGCAAGACUAUAGAAGCGUAAUUUUAGAGAUUCUAUAUUUAUUUCAUAUUCAUAUUAUUAAGUGCACUUAGAUGUGCUUUUGGAUCAGCUUGCGGGUUAAUAUACUGUUACAAAUUCUGGAAUUACAAAAGCACGCCGACCUUUGCUCAAUUUCCUCCUGUCACCCAUACCUCCGCCUGACACUCAAAUGCUCUUUUCUCCCUUUUUAUCCUUUUCGACAAACUUGCCUCCAUUGAUCCCAUACCUCCAAGCCAUGUAUCCAAUCAUCCCGCCAACGCUGCCAAGGCCCGCAGCUCCAACCACGCCGUGAUAUCCCAACUUGGCCGGCCCUCCAGCUCCUCUGAUUCUCAUCAAGCCAGUUGCCAACAACGCAGCUCCCAUGCCAGCAUAAGUCCAGUCGUCCGUUUCAAGCUGCCCUCGAUUCUCCAGCAGUCUCCAGCUUCGGUCUUGCCACUCAAUCGGCUCUCGGCCCCACAUCCGCGCCGGGAUACCGAUGCCGCCUACAAGAGCCGUAGUGAUGAGUGUGUUUCGCGAGACUGAGAGCAAGAGUCGCUCGGGGAGAGGCCCGGGAUGUCGCCAUCUGGGGAUGGAUUGGCGGAUGCCUGUGAUGGCGAGGCCGAUGAUGGAGCCUGUGGUUACGGCGCGGGUGAGGACGUGGG